CAUUUAGCACACUCAACAUCAGACAGGUGAAAAGAGCUGACAAGAUCAGGAUCUGAAGAAAUCUUGGUGCAACUUAAACCACUCACACACUCUGAAGAUGAAGACGUUCAGUGUUGCAAUUGCAGUGGCCGUCAUGCUCACCUUCAUCUUCCUUCAGGAGAGUUCUGCUGUCCCAGUCACCGGAGAACAAGAGCUGGAAGAAGUGAUGAGCAAUGACAGUCCAGUUGCUGUACAUGAAGAGACAUCUGUGGAAUCAUGGAAGAUGCCGUAUAACAGACAGAAACGUGGCAUUAAGUGUCGCUUUUGCUGCGGCUGCUGCACCCCCGGUAUCUGCGGAGUGUGCUUUGCAGUGGCCAUCAUGCUCACCUUCAUUUUCCUUCAGGAGAGCUCUGCUGUCCCAGUCACCGGAGAACAAGAGCUGGAAGAAGUGAUGAGCAAUGACAGUCCAGUUGCUGUACAUGAAGAGACAUCUGUGGAAUCAUGGAAGCUUAAAAGCGUAAACGUCUCAAACUCUCCUAAGAUGAAGACAUUCGGUGUUGCAGUUGCAGUGGCCGUCAUGCUCACCUUUAUUUGCAUUCAAGAGAGCGUUGCCACACUCAGUGAAGUGCAAGUGCCGGAGGAGAUGAUGAGCGAUGACAGUCCAGUUGCAGCACAUGAAGAGACAUCUAAGGAAUCCUGGAUGGUGACUCAAGAUAUUCAGGCGCAAGAGAUGGAGGAAAUGAUGUUUACUCCAGUUUCUGCAAAUGAGACAUCAGUGGACUCAUGGAUGAUGCCGCAUAAAAGAAGACAGAAGCGAGGCAUUAAGUGUCGCUUUUGCUGCAGCUGCUGCCGCAACCGUCGCGCUUACUGUGGAUUGUGCUGCAAGUUCUGAGGAUUCCUGCACCAACAACCACUACUUACUUCACAUUCAGUGAAAUGACGUAUAACAACAUACAGAAGAGAAGCUUUAAGUGUCGCUUUUGCUGCAGCUGCCGCCGCCGAGAUGUCUGUGGAUUGUGCUGCAAGUUCUGAGGAUUCCUGCACCAACAACCAAUAAAUAAUCAUUUAUCUUGUUUUUUUACUUGAAGCUAUUGUACCGCUUUGUAUUUAUUUAUUUGAU